UUUUCUACAUUUCCAGUGACAAACCAAAACUUAAGGACACUUGGAGGUGGUAAAACGCCCAUCUGGAGAUGGAUAUUAAUUAUUAAGUAGAAACUCUUCUAUAUAUAUACAUGCAUCAUCAAAGAGGUUGACCCAUUAGAGAAAUAGAUACAGAAAGCAAAGAUGGUUCUGCUGGAGAAGCUUUGGGACGACGUUGUGGCAGGACCUCAGCCUGAGCGUGGCCUUGGCAGGCUCAGGAAAAUCACCACCAAGCCCUUGAACAUAAAAGAAAUUGAAGGAGAGGGGAGCAAGUUCCAGAGGUCGGCGUCGAUACCGGCCAGCCCUGCGACACCAGUGACACCGGCAACGCCUUCGUCGACAACACCAGUUGCGGCGCGUAAGGACAACGUUUGGAGGAGCGUGUUCCACCCUGGUAGCAACCUUGCAACGAAGAGAAUCGGUGGAGACAUGUUCGACAAGCCACAGCCUAACUCUCCCACUGUCUAUGACUGGCUUUACAGUGGAGAGACCCGGAGCAAGCAUCGCUGAGGUGUGUGGGGUUACCCAGGCUAGGGUUGUAUGUAUAUAGCGUUUUAUCUUUAGUUUACUGCAGGCAGUCUCGUUUCUAUUGUAUUUUGGUUACGUGCCCUCAACUAGGCUUGCUUUCUGAGUUGACUAGUGCGGGGGUUGUGCGAGUAAUGCUAGGGUCUCCAACGGUGUGUUACCGUUUGUAUGUUGAUCUUGGUAACUCAGAUCCAUCUGCUCUGUAACGAUGGUGAUAGGCUACUUUUAUUAUUAUUAAUAAUAAUACAAUAAAAUAUGUUGAUUUUGAA